AUGCUCGACUCAUCUUUUGAGUUGUUUCUUCUCACCUGCCAGUGCGACACCCUUGAAAUUUUGAAGGGGCUGGAGCGAGUUCUCUGCCUAUUCGACAGCUGUCGUACUCCUUGGGACAUUGUUCGCCAUUCACCAUUCCCGUCCGCCUUGUUCAUCAUUCCCUAUUUCACCCUCCAACCCGAGUUUCCUGCCCCGCCUGUAGCUCUGGUUGACUGCACGAAGGAGAUACUUUCGAGAGUGCUCUUGGGUCUGCGAGUACUCUUUUGCUUACUUCCUCUUCCCUUCGAGGACUAA